CCAUUGGUUGAAAAACUAGGUUAGUGGUCCGACAGGCAUGACGGUGAAGAGAAACUGGGUCACGGAUCGAAAAUCGUUUAUGUCACAGUUCUGUGGGGUUCACAUUACACAUUACCCAACGACUUCCAAUGGAUAGACUAAUCUUACUGUGGCUAUUGUGUAUAUGGUUUGCAACAACUGUUUAAAGAUCAGCAAACAUCCACGUCCAAGUGAUCACAUUAAAUCAGAUAAACUAGGUCAGGCUGAAUUAUACCAGACAGAACCACAUCAGAAUCGAGCAGGCCAGAUUGAUCCAGUCGAUACCAGGCCUAUACAGGAGGCCUGUUCAAGUUUCCUAUACAGUUGAGGGCUCUAGAGUGGAUGGAAGGAGAUGAUUUUAACACAGAGGCUGUGAUGAACAUCUGUGAUGACCUGAUGGCAGACCAAAGGAUGGACAUUUCGUCUACAAUGACUGACUUUAUGUCUCCCAGCUCCACUGACCUCAUCUCCAGCUCCAUCAGCACACCUGGCAUGGACUACACCCGCAAGAGGAAGGGAAGCACAACUGACUACCAAAUUGAUGCCUUCUCGUUUGAUGACCCAGACAAGGAUAAACUUGGAAGUGACCAGCAGGGCCGGAUUAAGAAUGCCAGAGAGGCUCACAGCCAGAUUGAGAAGCGUCGCCGGGACAAGAUGAACAGCUUUAUCGAUGAGCUAGCCUCACUGGUGCCCACAUGUAAUGCCAUGUCCCGCAAGCUGGACAAGCUGACUGUCCUGCGCAUGGCUGUUCAGCACAUGAAGACACUUAGAGGUGCUGCAAACCCAUACACAGAGGCCAACUACAAGCCUUCUUUUCUCUCAGAUGAUGAACUCAAGCACUUAAUACUAAGGGCUGCUGAUGGUUUCCUGUUUGUGGUUGGUUGUGACCGUGGCAAGAUUCUUUUUGUUUCUGAAUCAGUCUACAAGAUUCUUAACUACAGCCAAAACGACCUGAUUGGUCAGAGCCUAUUUGACUACCUUCAUCCCAAGGACAUUGCGAAGGUCAAGGAGCAGCUGUCCUCUUCCGAUACAGCCCCAAGAGAGAGGCUGAUUGAUGCUAAAACUGGUCUUCCAGUGAAAACAGACAUCACUCCUGGUCCAUCCAGACUUUGUUCUGGAGCCAGGCGGUCAUUUUUCUGCAGGAUGAAGUGCAACAGGCCUUCCGUCAAAGUAGAAGAUAAAGACUUUCCUUCUACCUGCUCAAAGAAAAAAGCAGACCGAAAGAGCUUCUGCACCAUUCACAGCACAGGGUACCUAAAGAGCUGGCCACCCACUAAAAUGGGCCUUGAUGAAGACAACGAGCCAGAUAAUGAGGGCUGCAACCUGAGCUGCCUGGUGGCCAUUGGCCGUCUGCACCCCCAUAUUGUACCCCAGCCCAGUCUGGCAGACAUCAGGGUCAAGCCCACAGAGUAUGUCUCCAGGCAUGCCAUUGAUGGCAAAUUUGUCUUUGUUGACCAAAGAGCCACGGCCAUCCUAGCAUAUCUACCGCAGGAGUUGCUGGGAACCUCCUUCUAUGAAUAUUUCCACCAGGACGACAUUGGCCAUCUGGCAGAGUGUCAUAGACAAGUGCUGCAGGUGAGAGAGAAAAUCAAUACCAACUGUUACAAAUUUAAAAUUAAAGAUGGCUCAUUCAUCACACUGAGGAGCCGGUGGUUCAGCUUCAUGAACCCCUGGACUAAGGAGGUGGAGUACAUCGUCUCCACCAAUACUGUUGUGUCAUGUCCUGUGAUGGAAGGUUCAGACUACCCUCAGCCUGUGAACUCUCCACAGAGUAUGGACAGUGUUCUCACAUCAGAAGGUGGAGGGAGGAGGGCUCUGCAGACUGUACCUGGCAUCCCCGGAGGCACAAGAGCUGGAGCCGGCAAGAUUGGACGCAUGAUUGCAGAGGAAGUAAUGGAGAUCCAAAGGAUUCGGGGUUCCUCACCUUCCAGCUGUGGCUCUAGCCCUCUAAACAUCACCAGCACUCCUCCCCCUGAUACCUGCUCCCCAGGAGGAAAGAAGAUUCAGAAUGGAGGCACGCCUGAGCUGCCGAGCACAGGGAUAAUAGCUGGACCUGAUUCUGUAGGCUACCCCUACUCCAAUCAAUCAAUCAUGAGUGACAACUCCCACUUGAGCAUAGACAUUAUGGAUGAGACCGGCUCCAGCAGCCCCAGCAAUGAUGAGGCAGCCAUGGCUGUCAUCAUGUCCUUGCUUGAGGCAGACGCUGGGCUGGGUGGCCCUGUCGACUUCAGCGACCUGCCCUGGCCUUUGUGAAGAAGCUGCAGGGGGGGUGGGGGGUUACAGAGAGCAAGAUCAUGGCUCCAUCUUAGCACCAGAGCCUCUGAAGGAAAGAGUUGGUUCAGGUUGACUGUGGCGGCCGUUCCCUUCGCAAACAACUACACUGAAAAAUGUUCAUCUUAAAUUAAACUCUAACAGAAGACUUUUACUCUGAACACUGUUGAGUGCAUUUCAUUCUGGGAGGCCCUCACUUGUGUUCAGGUUUUACUCCUAUUCUUUGAUUCAUCAUUCCCUCUAGGUGGACCUACAGUUCAUCAAGACAAACAGGUUUUGUAUAACAACAAGGUGCUAAGAUGAUCAUUUUUUCCCGGUUAGUUGUAUGUAGACAAGGUGUUUACUAACAUUGCCAUAGUGAGGGACCUUUAUUUCGAACAGUCUAGCAAAUGGAAUUGCAAGUUACAGAUCUGUGGUGCUAACAUGUCCUGAUGGGUAAAAAUGAGUCCACUGGUGGCUCUGGGCCCUUAUCGCCAACAUCCAACAGACACAGACAGUGGUUACAGUUUGAGGUGGGAGGAGUGCUUAAUUGCUACCUCCUGCUGCAACCCUUUCAACAUCUCCAUGUACAUUCAGGUCUCCUUAAGGAGGCAACUAUCACGGCUGUGGUGCACUUCUCAUGAAAAUGACCAGCUCAUACAGGAUAGUGACAACGCUUAUCCUCUGAACCAGCUUGAAGGACAGUCUUAAUCUCUAAAUCCUAUGUAUGUGUAUUUCAGUUCACGAUAUUGAAAAAAGCCACAUAGUUGCUGUUUUCUCAUCUAACAUGACUUUUAACAGCUUUUUCUCCAAUCUAGUCUAAAGCUCAUAUUGAUAAGUUAUAUUUUCACAAAAUUGGUUAUCCUAAAACAAUAGCAGAAGCAAUUAUGGCAGAGCACAGUUAAAAUGUUAAAAUAUUUAACGAUCAAAAAUUUAAGCCUCAAAGCUUUUUUUAACCAUUAUUUCAUGCAACUUGAUGUGUUUUUACAAAAAACUGUUUUUUUUUUUUUUAUCCAAUAUUGCAUUCUUAGCUGGUUUUAGGAAAACUUUAGAGAUAAAGCCCACAGAGUAUGGGUCCCAUCACACUAUCAAUAACAAAUUUAAGAAAAAAAAUUGUGACACUGCAUUGAAGUUUUUUUUUUUUUUUACACUGCUAGUGAUAAUUGUGACAACAGAGUUACUCAGACCUGAGAUCAGUAACCAUACCAAUUCCUAAACACAACAAAUACACAACAACAACAUAUACACAAGGGGUAGCAGCGAGCAGCCACACAUAGGUUGAACAACUGGAAUUGAACAGGCAACCUCCAGGCCAACACUCUAUUCUCUGAGCCACCAAACCCAUCCACUGUGAGGAAAUGUUCUUCACUGCCACUAGCAAACAUGUGCCUGCAGGCUAAUUCGUAUUAGGCACCAAAAUAAAAACCUAUUGGUCAAGGUCACAGACACCUGCUCAUCUUCUCUCUACACAAUCCCCACAUGACACACUCGAGAGAAAGGUAAAAUUAGGCUCAGUUUUAAGAUUCAGCAUCGCCCUGUGUUAUGGUAGUUGUCAUUUAUGUCAAAUGAAUGAACAUUGUAAUGUGUUUGCUAUCACAAUGUGGGCUUUACAUUUAGCUGCUGAAACUGGUUUAAUUUUGGUUAAAUUCCAAUAAAAUGUACCUAAUUUUGAAUUUGGUCUUCUUAGCACUUAACUCAGAUAUACUGUUGCUGCAAUUAUGUUUUUAUAGAAACAACAUUUUUAUACAGAAACAUAAACCUCUAGAGAUGGAAUCAAACAGAGUAAGACAGAGAUAAUCAGCAUUCUCUAAUCACCCGCUGUCAUAAUUAACAGUGUCAGGACAAACGGCCAGGUGUAUGGAAUUCUUCAUUUAUUUAUCGAGUUUUCCCUCCAAUGAGUACCUCCUUUCCUCGCCAGAUUUGUGCUUUUAACAGGCCUUCAUACUAUCAGUUUGUUAGGAGUGGACACAGAGUAUGGGUGUAGAGCCCCACUGCCUGCCUCUAUGUAAGGAAAAUAUCUGAGCUACAAUACUCCCUAUAAGAAGGGCGAGUAUUACCUUAUACUCUCUUGAGAGUUUGAUGCUGAAUACAAAUUUUACGUUUACUACAAGACUGUCAUAUUUUAUUGACCUGAGGCAAUUGAAAUAUAGAAAUAAUGUUGAUAUACAAGAGAAAAUGUGCAUUUUAUUGCUUUUAAAAUGAUUCCAUAUUUAGAAUUAACUUUCUAAAACAGAAAUAAACAAUUAGAUAUUGCAGAUGUGGGUGGAAAUGUAUUACACAUUCAGAUUGCCUUUUCAUGACUAAAGGUACCUAUUUCUAAAUUUCACUAUAUAACGUUUGCAUAUUUGUUUACACUUUAGUUAGUUUCCAGUUUACUUUUGAUUGGCUGGACAGAAGUUCCAAAUUUUAUUUGGUUGAGAAAAUAUCUGCCUUAUAAUGAAAACAUAUUCUUUUAGAGUUUCUAAUCCUAAUACCCCCCCCCAUUAACCCCAGACAAACAUUUGGCAGACCUUUUUAAAUUCUUGUGGUAUCCUAAGCAGUGACAUUCAGUUCAGUCACGCUGAGCUGUUGGUCUGUUGAUUUCACUACCUGGUUAGUUCAGGCUCCACCCUCUCCUGUCCUUCUCUAAUGAGGCAGCAGCUGGCGAGGUCUCCCUCUAUAUCUGUUCUAGUGGUUUUCUGUUUCAAUGUUUUUAUGCUACACACUACAAUAAAGUGCUCCCCCUGUUGAUAUACCCCACCUGACAAUAAUGUAUCAAAUCUUUAAAUAUUAUCAUGUUAAAAGUAUACUUUAUGCAAAUAUAUAUGCGUAUGAUGAGUGUAUUGUAUGUAUCAGCAGUAAAAUAUUUUUAAAAUAAAAUUAUUUGUUUCUGUCAUUGUG